UGUACAAGAAACUAAGUGUGACUGUAUAGUGACCUAAAGUUUGAAUUUUUUAAAUGUGACUUUAGCCAUUGCUCCACCUAGACCUGGUUAGUAAAUAUGACUCUAAUAACCUUUUGUGUAAAUGGUAAGUUGGGAAGAAGCAUCACUGCACAAAAUGUAGCUACUGGUACUCAAGCAAAUUGACACCAUUCUGCAAAAGUACUUCUUUUUUUUUUCAUGCCUUGCUGUACUGAAUGUCCAGAGCAGCGCCAAAACAUAUACACACAUAUGCGAACUGUCAUGUUAAUACCUUCUAGCUGUUUAGGGGCAGGUAAAGUGGAAUUUAAUGAUAGCCUUUAAAGCCCGCUUUAGGAGAUGCAUCCUAGACUGCGCGUUUGUUUGGGAGGUGCGCUGUUAUUGCGACAGAGAACAAAGCGUGUGUGUGUGUGUGUGUGUGUGUGUGUGUGUGUGUGUGUGUGUGUGUGUGUGUGUGAGAGAGAGAGAGAGAGAGAGAGAGAGAGAGAGAGAUGGUAUCUUUUGAAUUGUCAAUUCUCUGCCCUCAUUACCCGACACAGUUCCACAGUGAGGAGGGGCGGGUGUCCACAAAGUGCACGUGUAUAAAGCCCAUGCCACUCUGCCGCUCUGCACACACGUUUUGUCGGACACUCGGAGGCAUCCUCCUCCCGGACACUGAUCAUCCACUCAUACGGCUUUAUUUUUCCCGCGGCUACUUUGAACACACCGGCGGAUUUAACUCCGUUCAGGAUAUGACCAUGAGGCCGCUCUGGUUGUCUGCAGUCGUAGCUGUGUAUCUCGCUGUAUGCAUCACUGACGCCGGUUCGGCUUCCCGGAACUCCAUCAAGAACCUGCAGCCUGGAGCAGCAGGAAGUCCGGCCGAGCCGGUGAGCGCGAGCCCGCACGCGCCAAAGACAGAGCCGGGAGCCGGAGCGCGCACAGCGCCUCAGAGCUGCGCCGGUGUUUCUCAGUGCGGUGUUGCUGAGUUCUGUUCUCGCGGGAUUUGUCAGCCGUGCCGCAAACGCAGGAAGAGAUGCGCUCGAGAUGCCAUGUGCUGCGCAGGAAACCGCUGCAUUAACGGUGUUUGCCAAGCAGGUGAAGUGAACGCCACUCAGCCUGUCAGCACUACAGUUAGUACUAAGCAGGCUACCGAGGUUCAUGGCAGUCCUACAAGUGCAUUAGGUGACCAAAACAAGACAGUGGUGCCACAGCAGGCUAAAAAGACAAAUGUUGUCUCUCCAAGACCACCGGAACUGCUGAAAGGUAGUGAAGGGGAAACGUGUCUGAGAUCCUCGGACUGCUCCAAGGGUCUGUGCUGUGCUCGUCACUUCUGGUCACGGAUCUGUAAGCCAGUGCUGACUGAGGGCCAGGUGUGCACACGUCACCACCGUAAAGACACUCACAGCCUGGAGAUCUUCCAGCGCUGUGACUGCGGUCAAGGCUUGGUGUGCCGAGCCCAGAAAGAACGAGGGUCAGAAAAACAGCAACAGAGUAUACUGCAGCAGCAACAGCAGCAGCAGCAGCAGCAACAGCCACGCAAAAACAACAACAAAGCUACCAGAAACCUCCACACAUGUCAGCCACACUGAGCCAGCAGGACUUAUUUAGGACAACUGGCUUUUAAUGUGCCCACACUCGUACACAUGCAUAUUCACACACAUUCACAUACAUUCAAUAUCACAUGUGCAUGCAUGGACACACGCAGAAGGGAUACAGGAAAACUGACUCCCUGGAAGGAUGCUCCAUUAAAAGGAUUGAUCAUAUUUUGUGGAUGGAUGCAGAAAAAGCACACCAUGUGGAAGACUGAAUGCAGGACUUUGCUGCUGAAGACUUCUUAUCAGGGUCUUUACAAAGGCAGAAUGAUGUUUCCCUUUAUAAGGGAACUAUAAAUAUUUCUUGCAGUAAAUUACUGUAUUAUACGUGGCACUUAACUGAGCUUAUCAAUUCUGUAAAAGUAGUAUUGUGAGACCAGGUGCUGCAUGACACUAUGCUAAUAAUGUAAAUAUGCAAAUGAUAUGAUUUAUAUUAUUAUUUACAGCGUGAUAUAAAUACCCUAUUUUUAUUUCAAACUUAAUUGUUAAGAUAUUGCUUUUAUUAAACUAUUACAGUUUGACCAGAGAUUGUCUACACAGUCUCACAAGUUCUUCCUGAGACACUGAUUCUUUGGCUGUUCUCAGAGCCAACAAGAGCCUAUGCUAGAUUUCACUUACUUUACUGUAACCCCUUAAAGUCUCAGGACUCAUCAAUGUCUCCAGACUUAAGAUUCCUGACUUUUGUAACUACAUACCUUUUAUUAAUACUUUGACCGUAAUAUUAGGUAAUAACUAAAGAUGAAUAAUGCAAAAUAAUACUAAACAGUACUGAAUAAUAUGCUGAGACUUUAAGGGGGUUAAGUUAAUGCAUAAAUAAAAUAAAUGUCCUUACAAAAAUUGCUAUGUGACUUGAAGCAAGAUGUCUUGCACUGUGUCCAGACUUCACAUGAAAAUUAGACAAACAUACAGUUCUUACAGUUUGACCACAUUGGAACAAUCUGGAUUUUUUUAUGACCUUUGUCUUAAAUAAAUAAAUAAAACAAA